AUGAACAACGUGGUCAACAGCUUACUCAACGGCUUCUCAAGCAUGUUGGCCUUGGGUGGCGACGCCCCAGCAAGUGAUCAGGGUGGUUGCGCAUGUGCAGGUCCAGAAGGCGGAUCUUGUUGCAAGACUCAACAACAGCCCAAAGCAGCAGCAGAAAAAGACAAUUGUGCAUGUGGUCCUCAACAAGGUCCCACUGAAAUCGAGUCCAUGAAGUUGUUUUAUGCGACGCUGACAGGAACAGCAAAGACGUUUGCGGCUGAACUUCAACAACGACUUGAACAAGACAACAACGUCAAGAUCAAGCAACUGCAACUAGUGGAGAUCACCGAUUACGACAAUGACGACUUGUUGACAGAGACCUCUGUAUGCGUCUUCUUAUUAUCGUGCUAUAACGUGGAAGGACCUUUAGAUUGGUUCUCCAAAUGGCUCAGAGAUCUUCGAUACGAUUGGCGUGUGGAUCGUCUUGCACUUCAAAAGCUACGAUAUGCUGUAUGUGGUUUGGGUGAUUCUGCGUAUGGUGAAGAAUUCAAUGUGGCUGCAGCACAAAUCGACAAAUGGCUCGGUCAACUUGGUGCCACUCGUAUCUAUCCAUUGGGUUCAUGCGACAAGAAUGCAGAUCAAAAGGCACAGUUUGAAGAAUGGGCGGAUCAAUUCGUAAAGGAGUUGCACGACAAGAGCUCUUUGGAAUUCGCUCCUGCACAUAUCGAAUAUGACUCGGAUGCUGAAGGUGAAGAAGAAGCUGAGGAUGAACAAGAGCAGCAAGAAGUUCAAAUUGGAUCUGAAGACGAGAUGGUCGAUGUGGAGGAUAUGGGCAAAAUGGCAACCAAGUUGAAGACAGCAAAGGAGAAUCGUGAACGUGAGGAGCAUGAAUACACAGUGGCACAAGCUAAGGCAAAGCGCACAAUUGGUGUUGAUGGACAUACAACGGUUGUCAAGAAAUCAGAACCACGUGAGAUGGUAUCGCCUAUGCUUCACAAGAACCUUACAAAGCAAGGAUACAAGAUCGUUGGCUCUCAUUCGGGUGUCAAGAUUUGUCGAUGGACCAAGGCAGCAUUACGUGGUCGUGGUUUCUGUUAUAAGCACAGCUUUUAUGGUAUCCAAAGUCAUUUGUGUAUGGAAACCACCCCUUCGCUUGCAUGUGCAAACAAGUGUGUCUUUUGUUGGCGCCAUCAUACCAAUCCUGUGGGCACUACUUGGCGUUGGAAGGUGGAUGAUCCCAAAUUUAUCUUGGAUGGUGCUAUGGAGAAUCACUACAAGAUGAUCAAGCAACUCAAAGGUGUACCAGGUGUGAAGGCUGAUCGUUUCCAGGAAGCAUCCACUAUCAGACAUUGUGCUUUAUCUCUCGUGGGUGAGCCCAUUUUCUAUCCGCAUAUCAAUGAAUUUGUCAAACUCUUGCACGAGCACAACAUCUCAUCAUUCUUGGUUACCAAUGCUCAGUUCCCUGAAAAGAUUACUGAAAUGGAUCUUGUUACCCAACUAUAUGUCAGCAUCGAUGCCGGUACAAAGGAAGGAUUGAAGAAAAUCGAUCGCCCCCUCUUCCGUGAUUUCUGGGAACGUUUCCUCGAUAGCUUGGAAGCCCUCGCCAAAAAGGGUCAACGCACCGUAUACCGAUUGACACUCGUCAAGGAUCACAACACUGAAGAAUUGGAUAAUUACGUUGAGUUGGUGCGACGGGGUAAACCUUCCUUUAUUGAAGUCAAGGGUGUGACCUAUUGUGGCUAUAGUGGUGCAAGCAACUUGACAAUGGCCAACGUCCCCUACCAUCACGAAGUGGUCGACUUUUGCCAAAAGCUCACUGAGAAGCUUGGUCCCGGUUAUGAAGUUGCUGCUGAGCAUGCUCAUUCUUGUUCGAUUCUUAUUGCACAAACAUCAUUCAAAAUCAAUGGCGAAUGGCAUACGCAUAUCGACUAUGACAAAUUCUUUGAGCUUGUAAGGAGCGGCAAGCCUUUCAAUAGCUUGGAUUAUGUGGCCAAGACACCAUCAUGGGCUGUAUUUGGUGCUCCAGAAGGUGGUUUCAAUCCGGAUGAUACACGAUUCUACCGCAAAAACCGUAAAGUAGCCCCAGCGUCAUAA